GCUUUUCUUCCCUCUCAGGAGGCGACGGCGGGUGCUGAGGGGCGAUUCGCCCCCCCUCCCCCGGCAGCGGCUGUUUAUUAAACCGGUCGCGUUUCGACUACGCGGGGGCUGACCCGGGAGCAGGAAGUACCGGCGGCUCCUCCCUUUGCCCUCCCGCUCCCCUCCUCCUCCUCGCCCAUGUCCAUUCCAAGAUGGCCGGGAUCCCUUUGUAUUUUGUGGAUUUGCAGGAUGACUUAGAUGAUUUUGGGUUUGAAGAUUAUGGACCAGACUGUGAUAGCAUGAGGAUAACGGCAUUCUUGGAUAUUCCUGGACAGGAUAACUUAAGUCCACUGGCUCGUCUAGAAAAAUAUGCCUUCAGUGAUAACAUAUUUAACAGGCAGAUUAUUGCCAGAGGUCUUUUGGAUGUCUUUCGAGAUUUCAGUAAUAAUGAAGAAGACUUCCUGACUGUAAUGGAAAUAGUGGUCAGGCUCUCUGAAGAUGCAGAACCAACUGUACGUACAGAGCUGAUGGAACAAAUACCUCCUAUUGCCAUCUUUCUGCAAGAAAGUCGACCAAAAUUCCCAACAGCAUUUUUUGAAUACCUUAUGCCCAUAGUAGUGAGAUACCUCACGGAUGUUAACAAUCAGGUUAGAAAGGCAGGUCAAGAAGCACUGCUUAUACUGCUAGAACAAGAUCUUGUUGCUCAGAGUGACAUUGAAAAUAAGGUGUGUCCAAUUCUGUUGGACCUCUCUGCUCCUGACAGUGAUGAUGAGUACAAGGUGGAAGCUGUGAAUAUAAUCUGUAAAAUGGCUUCUAUGUUGAGCAGAACAACAGUUGAGCACAUGCUGCUUCCUCGUUUCUGUGAACUGUGCAGUGAUGGGAAAUUGUUUCAAGUCCGGAAGAUUUGUGCAGCAAAUUUUGGUGACAUUUGUAAUGCAGUUGGGCAAGAAGCCACGGAAAGACUGCUGAUUCCCAAGUUUUUUGAACUCUGUUCUGAUAGUGUUUGGGGAAUGAGAAAAGCUUGUGCUGAAUGCUUUAUGGCAGUGUCUUAUACCACAUCCCCAGAAGUUCGCAGAAGCAAACUAUCUCCGCUGUUUAUCAGUCUUAUUAGUGACACUUGCAGAUGGGUUCGUCAGGCUGCUUUUCAGUCUCUUGGCCCAUUUAUUUCUACCUUUGCAAACCCUUCAAGUGCUGGUCUUUACAUUCGAGAAGAUGGGACACUGAGUAUCCGGCCAUCAACGCAAGAUGUGAAUUCCAACUCCUGUCAGCCAAACAACAAUAUAACUUUAAUGUCCUCUAGUACAAAUGCUACGCUGUCUAGUUCAGAACAACCAAUGGAAACCAAACCAGAACCAUCAACUGAGGAGUCUUCAGCUGAAGUUAAUACAAAGCUCUCGGUUGAGAAUCUAAAUAAAGAUACACGGGCAGAAAGUUCAGAUUGUUGUACCAAUCCCGGAGAAGAUGUCUCUCAAUUGUCUCAGGGCGACAAAGUUGCUGCUGGUGUGCUAGGAGUCACGAAGGACAGCAGUUUUCCUGGAAUGAACUCAAGGCCACAGUCUGCUGAGGACAUAUUUAAUACUUUUCUCUACUGGCGCCCUCCUCUGCCUGAUAUAAGUCAGGAUCUGGAGUUACUUCAGUUCAAGACUGAAAAGCACAAGGAUAGCUGCUCUGUGCCAUGUAAUAACUGUGUUGCUAGUAGUGAAAUAAAAAAAGUUCUAGAAAGCUUACAGGAGCACAUAGAUGAUCCAGAUGUUCAAGCUCAGGUCCAAGUGUUGUCUGCCGCUCUCAGAGCUGCUCAGUUUGAUUCUGUUGGUGACUACGAGACCAAAAAAAUUGAAGAAAGCAGUGGCGAACUUCAGAGCAAAACUAUUUCAGAUGAAACAGCUGUUUCAGAUGCUACCUGCAACCAGGUGGAGGAAGACAGUCUUUCAUCCCCUGCCUCCCAGAAUAACAUCAGUGACCAGUCUACCACCGGUGCACUGAAAAGCACAGACUCAGAGGAACAACAGAGAGGAACCAGUGUAUUUUUAAAGAAAGAGCAAGAAAAUAAUUCAGCAUUUGAAGAUGACAAGUCAAAAUUACAGGAUAUCAUACCUCAACCUUUGUUAGACCAGUACUUGUCAAUGACUGACCCAGCUCGAGCCCAGACUGUUGAUACUGAAAUAGCCAAACACUGUGCAUAUAGUCUUCCUGGGGUGGCCUUAACACUGGGCAGGCAGAACUGGCACUGCCUGAAAGACACAUAUGAGACGCUGGCCUCAGAUGUACAGUGGAAGGUACGUCGGACGCUAGCUUUCUCCAUACAUGAACUAGCAGUUAUUCUGGGGGAUCAGCUAACAGCUGCUGAUCUGGUGCCAAUUUUCAAUGGAUUCUUGAAAGAUCUGGAUGAAGUGCGUAUUGGUGUCCUUAAACAUCUGUAUGACUUUUUGAAGUUACUUCAUGCGGACAAAAGGCGAGAGUAUCUUUACCAACUUCAAGAAUUUGUGGUGACUGAUAACAGCAGGAACUGGAGGUUUCGUUACGAGCUGGCAGAGCAGCUGAUCCUGAUACUGGAACUCUACAAUCCCAAUGAUGUCUAUGACUACUUAAGACAUAUUGCACUAACUCUCUGCUCCGAUAAAGUUUCAGAAGUUCGGUGGAUCUCCUUCAAACUGGUUGUAGCAAUACUACAGAAGUUCUAUGCAAACAAUGCAAAUGCACUGGGAUUAAAUUUCAUUAAUGAACUUGUAGUGCGGUUUCGUCACUGCUCCAAGUGGGUUGGAAGACAAGCUUUUGCCUUCAUUUGUCAGGCCGUAGUAGAAGAAGAAUGUAUGCCUGUCGACCAGUUUGUUGAACACUUGCUCCCUAGUCUUUUAAGUCUUGCUUCAGAUCCUGUGCCAAACGUAAGGGUUCUGCUCGCCAAGGCUCUAAGGCAGACGUUACUGGAGAAAGCUUAUUUUAAAAGUGUUGGCAAUCCUCAUCUAGAAGCUGUAGAAGAGACCAUUCUAGCCCUGCAAUCUGACAGAGAUCAAGACGUGUCCUUCUUUGCCACCAUAAAACUAAAACAGGGUAACAUAGACAAUACUACCAUUGAAAAACAAAACUAAUGUGUUUCUCUGCAGUAAAUGUUGAACAUCAGAAUGGUUAUUCACCUUAUGUUCGCGGUUAGUGUGAAUAAUCUGGACAAAUAAGAAGGUUUUUGUUACCUAAGAAAGGGUGUAUUGAGAAAUGUUAUAGUCUUCAUUUCGUGACCAUGUUUCAUCUACAGCUCUGUGUUUGUCUGAUACACAUGAGUAAUUCCUUUUGGGUUUUUUUCUUUGUAAAUGUGGGUGAUAACUCUGGUCUCACCUGCAGUUAAGUAUUGUAUGUAAAGUCUUACACCAUACUCAGUGUUUCAGUGUAAUCAUUUUCUAACAAAACAUUUCCAGUUGUAGAUCAGUCUGCAAUAAGCUUAAAAUGGUUUCUAAAUCUUAAAACCUCAUUUUAGCAAACUUACAUGAAGAUAUUCUUUCCUCACAUUUAUUGUAGUCUUUGUAUUGUUUCAAGUAUUGCAUUUUAACUGAAAAAAAAAUGUAUAUAUGUGAAUAGUUUUGAGUUUUAACAAAAACAAUGGAGAACUUAAUUCUGUACCAAUGGAAAAAAGCUCAAAAAAUCAUUUCAUUUUAUAAAGUAGUUACUCUGCUAGAAUUAAGGCAUGGUUUGUUUUUACUUAACAUAAUGUGAUAUUUUUGAAAGCACAGAGAGCUCAAGAUUCUUUGUAUAUUGUGAAUUUUCUAUUAAUUUCUUAUUUCUGAGCUAUACCCUUACAAGUGUUAACAUGUCUGGUUUUGUUCUGCUGGCUCUCGUAGUGCUAGGUAGACUGUAAAUUUCCCAAACUGAAAAUUACUCAUUCUGCCCUAGCAAAUUUCACUUCAUUUAAGUGAUUCAGUUCCUGCAACAUGUGCUGUAUCUGUAGAAGGGUAUUAUAGAGUUUUACAGACUUAUGUUUUUGUUUGUUUUACAUAUACACCUCAUUUAAAAAAGACCUUUUAACUGGUGCAGUUUUCAAAUCCUGAACAGCCCGCUGCUUUGUUCCUAAGAAACAAAGGACCUCUAAAUUCUGAAAAAUCCCAAAUAACAAAUGUUCAGGGGAAAGGUGGUGACACAGUUUGCUCUAACUUCUGUGGAUUGUGUGGUAAGGUUUGGGGCAAAACACAAACAAGGGCUACUGAGAUCCUUAAGCUGAAGUAGGAUGUCUUCUGUGUGUUUAAACAGGUGUUUUGGAAGAAAGACAGACUAUACAGAUAGAACACAGUUCUGUUAAUAAAAUCAGAUAGCUUCGGACCAGUUUGAAAAAUGAUAAAGCUAAUACUUUUUGGUGGAUCUUGUAUUCUGUUGUGUCCCAAAUCUGCAGAUAAUGUGGGGCCUGGAAAAAAAAAAGUCUCACUUUUUUAGAUUGUGGAUUGGAACUUUGUCCUGUUCAAAAACUAAUGCUUAAAUACUAAAGAAAUGGUUUCAUGUAAUAACAGUUACUUUCUCUCUGUGAACACAAUACUUUAUCAUAAAUAGAUCUGUGUAAAUAUUUCCCCUUAUUUCACUAUUAUACUAGUAAGUAGUUCACAUGGGUGAAGGUUUUUACAGAAAUUACUUUUUUCUUUUUUGUUUUGUUUUAAAUCUGGCUUGUCUGCAAUACAGCAAGUAGGUUCUUCAGCUGGGUUCUGUAUUUUUGGAGGGCUCAGUUUUGUAUAAGUUUGUUUAACUAGUCUUGUAUUAUAAUAUGUACAGUAUUUGUAACAAGUUGUUUUCUUGUGAGAUCACAGAACGCUUUUUUGGAAGCUGCAGGCAGAAAUAUACCACUGCUAUCACUGCUAUUACAGCAACCAGUAUAAACUCUGUAAAUUCUGCAACGUUAUACGUUUAAUUUUUUACAAUUUUUUUAUAAUUUAAAACAAAUGCUUCUUCAGUACAGACUUUUUAUGAUUGCAAUUUCUUAACAAAAAGACCCCUCAAGUUAAUUUUUUCUAGUUCUGAGAUCUUUUUCUAAUGCUGGCAUUAUACUGGUAUUUUCUAACAGUUCAAAUUUUCUAAGGCCUUUCUGACAAGGUUUUACUUCUGUUUUUUAUUAUCAGUUCAUUAAAUUUCUCAGCACUGAACAAAUUUUUUUAAGUGUGUGUAUAUGUAAGUAUGUUUGAAAUGUACUGUAUAUAAAUUAAAUACUUUGAACAUUAACCCAACCCAGGUUCCUGUUUGUCAGAUAAUCUUAAAUAGUUACCUUUACUUGCAAUAAUCCACUGGAAAACACAAGCUUCCAUAUGUUUUAGCAUGUUUGGUUAGUGUUCACUAAGAGUUUUUAAUUAGAAUAUGUGUAAACAGUAAGCCACCAGCUAUAAAAGUUCACUAAAAGGCUAAACAAAGUUCUUUGUUUUUAACAAUAUUUUGGUACCUCUCUGGCUCCAGAAAUCAUGUCUGCUUUAAAUGAUAUGAUUUCAGUAGAGCGUUUAAAAACUUUUGUUAAAACUCUGCGGUUGCAUGCACUAAUGGGGACAUCAUAGUUUUGGCGUGGGUUUUUUUGUAGUCAAUGUGCAGGUCUAUUAGACAGAUUUACUCUCUCCAAGGUUUGUCUUUUUGGUUUAGUUUUAAACUAGAAAUGAUUUCAGCAUGACUAAAGACCGCACUUUACAUCUUGUACUAGACAAAUGUAUGCAAUGAUGAGUAAAGUGGCGUGUUCAUGUACAAUUCUCUGGGUUGUUUAAAUUAUGCAAAAAUAUGUAUUUUAUAAGCCAGAUGGAGCAAAGUUAGGUAGUUGAUCCACUUUCACAGCAGCAGUAAGAAUACAAUUUUUAAACAUUUCUAGCUAAGGAACAUGAAAAUAACGUUAGUGGGUGCAAUAUCGCUUGGAUGCUAUAGGAAAUUAUCAAGCACUUGUAAUCCAAAGCAUGUUAGUCAUGUUGCUUAGAAUUCAAACUCCCUGGUAUCUCAUGUAUGAUACACACUUGGCAUUGGUCAGGAUGCUGCCCUAGUGGCGGAUGUGUCUGUACACAGUGUUGUUUAGAACCCAAUGAGGUGGGGGCACUCUGGAAGUGUCAUUCACUUGUCAGAAUAGAGAAUCUAUGUAACUUUCUAUUUGUAUUUAUCUCAAUAAAUCCUGUGACUGUUUUAUAAACCAA